AUGGCCAAGUCCCAGGCCCCUCCCAAGGAGAUCACUGAUGCCCUCUUCACGAUUCCCAGACCCGCCCAGGCCUCCUUGCCAGCUCCGUCCUUCCAGCUGUACGACGUGCCUGUCCAGAGCCGAGGGCCCCCAGCCCCGAAGGAGCCAGUGAAGCAGCAGUUAUACGACAUACCCGCCAGCCCCCGAAAGGCAGGAGGCGGUGCCCCGGGCAGCCAACCGAGUAGGCAGAGUGUUCCCGUGAUAUCAAUGGUUGCCUUAAGAAGAGCCUGCUACAACACACUACCAAACCCUGAGAAAUCAGAAUGGAUUUAUGACACUCCAGUGUCUACAGAAAAAGCUGAUGUAAGAAAUGCACCUCUAACCAGCUUUGUGGAAGCAUCUGGGCCCCAUGAGCCCCCCAGGUAUAUUUCCAGUCUCCACAGUCCUCUGAAUAGCACAGCAAGGUCGCUGGCUCCACACCUGCAGAAAAAUGUGCCCGGGCAGGAAAAACUCAGCCUUCCGGAAAUUCCUUCUUAUAGCUUUCCGACACCCAGGGACAAAGGUGUCAACUACAGGGUUCCUUCAAGCUUUCUGAUUCCCCGAGUGGAAGAGCAGAACACCACGCCCAACAUUUAUGAUAUCCCUAAAGCUGUGCCAGUUGUCCCUCAGGCUGUGACAGCUCCGGGGAAAGCCAAUGGAGCUUGCGAGAAUUGCACGGACUGUAAUCCCUCCUGGUUGUCCAGACAGGUCACAUCGGCCUCCCCCGAGCCGGACAGAUUAUCCAUUAACAGUUCUGACAGCAGAGUCAGCGUCGUCUCCUCGUGCUCCUUCACAUCCACUGACUCUUCGUCCAGCUCCUGCUCAGAGGAGUCCGCAAAAGAGCUGUCCUGGGACCUGGACUUGGCCAAAGGGAUAGUCACAGCUCUGCAGCACAAGGUGACCAGCGCCAUCUCGGGCCUGAUGCUCUUCGUCAGUAGGAACUGGAGGUCCAGAGACUAUCUGGAGGCCAACAUCGGCGCCAUUCACAGGGCCACCAACCACAUAGAGGAAUCUUUGAGAGAAUUUCUGGAUUUUGCCCGUGGAGUCUGCGGGACCACCUGUAACCUCACCCACAGUAACUUUCAGGCCAGAGUUAGGGAUCAGCUCCACACAAUCUCCAACUCCUACCAGAUCCUGCUUGAGACAAAGGAAAGCCUGGACCGCUGCAAUUGGUCCCUGGAAACCCUUGUGACAGACAAAGUCCAAGACAGCCCUGAUGACCUUGAGACAUUUGUCAUGGUGGCGCGGGUGGUUCCGGAAGACAUCAAGAGGUUUGCCUCCAUCAUCAUUGCCAACGGGAGGCUCCUUUUCAAGCAAAAUUGUGACAAGGAGGAGACUGUGCAAUUGACUCCAAAUGCAAAAUGUAAGCUUGCAAAAUGCAUCCAGCUUCCGCAAAGGGAAUUUGAAUCGUACCAGAGGAGUGCUCCUUCUGUUAAACAAAGGGAAAGUGAACACUCCCCUGAAGUCUUAAAGAAAAAUUGGACAAAUGUCUGUGAGCAGUGCCGGCUCUACUUCGGGGCACUCUUCAAAGCUAUCAGCGUCUUUAACAGCAGCCUCAGCCACAGCCAGCCCCCAGAGAGCUUUAUCGCCCAGAGCAAGCUGAUUAUCAUGGUGGGGCAGAAGCUGGUGGACACGCUGUGCAAAGAGACCCAGGACAGGGACACACGCAAUGAGAUCCUUUGCCGCAGCAGUCAUCUUUGCAGCCUGCUCAAGAACGUAGCUCUGGCCACCAAGCACGCCGUGCUCGAGUACCCCAGCCCCACAGCGCUGGGGCACCUCCAGGCCGAGGCCCAGAAGCUUGAGCACCACACGCGGCAGUUCAGAGGGAUGUUGGAGUGAGCCUCCCUCUCACCCUCCCUCCUAUGCAGCUCUCUCCUAUGGGAGAGGCCGGCCCGGGCAUACGCCGAUGGGUGGACAUAGCCAUGGUGCCAAAGCCGGUAUUACCAAGUGCCUAGGCAACCCCAGGACAUUGGCUUAUCCCGCAAAGCGUCAGAGAAGAGAGUCAGGUGUUAAGUAAGGACCUUGCUUAAGUAUUUAUCAUGUAUAAAGUGACAUUGUAGAAACCGGUUUUGUCAUCGGUUAAAUGUGUGCCUGUUUUAAAUUCAUUCAUUCAACACCUAUUUAUUUAUUGCGCGCCUACUAUAUGUCAAAUUCUAGGUGCUGGGCAUAUAGCAGUAAAUGAAACAGAAGUCUUGCCCUCGGGGAGCUUACAAUCUAGUGGGAAGACAGACAGACAAUAAAGUGAUAAAUUCAUAUACAACAUAUCGGGUGCUAGGGAGAAAAAAAGUAGGAUAGGAAGAAGAGAAUUAUUUUCAAAUGAUUAAUUGCUGUUGCAUUGUCUAUGUGUUUGCUAUUUUAUUUUAACCGAGUUAAAGACGCAUGUUAUAUUUGCAAUAUAACAUGUUCCGUUAGGUUCCCUAUUAAUUUAUUUUGUACAUUAUGGACUCUAUGUUGAUAAAUUCAGUAUGCUCCAUCAGCAAAGGUUUAUACCUCAACAGUCUCAAAUCUGUUAUCAUUUAUAAUAUUAUGUAAAUAUAAUCAUAGAUUGAAGCAUCCUUUGUAGCAAUCCUCUCUUUGGCAAGUCUUUAAUCCGUGUUACCCGGGUUCUGGUACCAAAGCAAAGGUUCCAGUGUUUACUUUUGUUAUUCAAAUGCUUCUCCUCCAAGUGUGCGGGGCUAUGCAGUGGAGGCCAAGUUCUUGUUCGCAAGGCUAGUACCGGAACA